CGGUCUCUUUCUCUCGCUCUCUAGCUGUGCUUCUUUUGGCCUGGUUUAAUGUACACACCCACGUACUAAAGCAAGUCUCAUCCCUUGCUUUCUGGCGAUCGGCGGCCGACUCGCUGCGAACCAAAACUGGGACGCAUGGUUCCAAUUGCGGUGCUUUUCUGACUGAGACGCUUUUCUGUGCGGCGCCGAGAACGCGUGCGAGAGACCGUAGUGUGCUGUGCUGUGCGGAGCCCCUGCUUGCCCUCGUCGUCCCGACCAGCACCAGGCAGCCGACCGACCCCGGCCCUGAGAGUGGCAUUUUCAACCUUUUCAAUGGCACUUAGAUAAAAAUUGGAAGCCGUGUCCACGGUAGAAGCGACUGGUGGUAGGAGAGGACAUGGCGACUAUAGACGGGAGACCUGCCAUGUACGGGGUCACCCUCAAGCACCUGCGGGAGCUCAUGGAGCACCGCGGUCGCGAGGGGGUGGCCAAGCUGGAGGACUUUGGCGGUGUACAGGACAUCUGCAGGAAGCUGUACACGUCGACCAGCGAAGGCCUGAGCGGCACGGAAAAUGACCUCGAGCACAGAAGAGAGACUUUUGGCUCAAACACCAUACCUCCCAAACCACCCAAAACGUUCCUACAGCUUAUCUGGGAGGCGUUGCAAGAUGUCACACUGAUCAUCUUGGAAAUAGCUGCGUUAGUAUCGUUAGGCCUAUCCUUUUACCAACCAGCAGACGAACUGGAAGCCGGGCCGCUAGACGACGAAGAAGCCCACCAUGGUUGGAUAGAAGGGUUAGCGAUUCUCAUCUCUGUUAUUGUUGUUGUGAUUGUGACCGCCUUCAAUGACUACACCAAAGAACGGCAGUUCCGCGGCUUACAGAGCCAAAUUGAGGGAGAACACAAAUUUUCUGUGAUCAGAGGAGGGGAAGUGAAACAAAUAUUCGUGGGAGACAUCGUUGUUGGAGACAUCUGCCAGAUAAAGUACGGAGACCUUUUACCGGCGGAUGGAAUCCUUAUUCAAAGCAAUGACUUAAAAGUGGAUGAGUCUUCGCUCACCGGCGAAUCAGACCAUGUAAAAAAGGGCGAAAAUUUAGAUCCUAUGGUGCUCUCAGGCACGCACGUGAUGGAGGGUAGUGGGAAAAUGUUGGUUGCUGCGGUGGGUGUCAACUCGCAGGCCGGCAUCAUUUUCACGUUGCUCGGAGCUGCCGUGGACGAGCAAGAGGCAGAAGCGAAGAAGCGCAAAAAAGAAGAAAAAAAACAGAGGAGCAAGAAGAGUUUGACAGGUGAAGAGAAAGCGGCGGCCAUGGACAGCAGAAGCACUGCAGCUAAAAGCGAGCCUGUGGAAAGCGUUGUGGUGCCUAAAGAGGCGGAAGAAAGCCACAAAAAGGAAAAGUCGGUCUUGCAAGCCAAGCUGACCAAGUUGGCCAUCCAAAUUGGCUAUGCUGGUUCUACAAUUGCUGUGCUUACAGUGGUGCUGCUUGUGAUUCAGUUUUGUGUACAAACUUUUAUUAUCGAGGGAAAAUCAUGGAAGAACUCGUAUGCCAAUCAGCUUGUGAAGCAUCUAAUUAUUGGUGUUACCGUGCUGGUGGUCGCAGUGCCUGAAGGACUUCCAUUGGCUGUCACCCUCUCCUUAGCAUAUUCCGUCAAAAAAAUGAUGAAAGAUAACAACUUAGUACGGCAUUUAGAUGCCUGCGAAACAAUGGGAAAUGCCACUGCCAUUUGCUCUGAUAAAACAGGAACAUUAACUACAAACAGAAUGACUGUUGUGCAGUCUUAUAUAUGUGAGAAAUUAUGCAAAACCACCCCGAAGUAUUCAGAAUACCCCGAGGCAGUCAUGAAAUUGUUGAUCCACGCUAUCGCCAUUAACUGCGCUUAUACGUCGCGAGUCAUGGCCGCAGAUCCGGGCGAGCUUCCCAAGCAAGUGGGCAACAAGACUGAGUGCUCUUUGCUGGGAUUCGUGCAAGCGAUGGGCAAAAACUACGAGGCCAUCAGAGAGACUCAGCCCGAGGAGUCGUUUACCAGGGUGUACACCUUCAACUCGGUGCGCAAGUCCAUGAGUACGGUUGUUCCGAGGCCAGAGGGUGGUUACCGUCUCUUCGCCAAGGGCGCCUCCGAAAUCCUCAUGAAAAAGUGCGCUUUCAUCUACGGCAAAGACGGCCACCUGGAGAAGUUCACGCGCGAAAUGCAGGACCGAUUGGUGCGGCAGGUGAUCGAGCCGAUGGCCUGCGACGGCCUGCGAACCAUUUCGGUCGCUUACAGGGACUUUGUGCCCGGAAAGGCCGAGAUCAACCAGGUGCACAUUGACAACGAGCCCAACUGGGAUGACGAGGAGAACAUCUGCAGCAACCUGACCUGCCUCUGCGUCGUUGGCAUUGAAGAUCCUGUGCGACCUGAGGUUCCUGAUGCAAUUCGCAAAUGUCAGCGGGCGGGCAUCACGGUGCGCAUGGUGACCGGCGACAACAUAAACACGGCGAGGUCCAUCUCGAUGAAGUGCGGCAUCGUCAAGCCCGGGGACGACUUCCUCAUCCUCGAGGGCAAAGAGUUCAACCGACGCAUCCGGGACAGCAACGGCGAGGUUCAGCAGCACCUCUUGGACAAGGUGUGGCCCAAGUUGCGCGUGCUGGCGCGGUCUUCGCCAACUGACAAAUACAUCCUCGUCAAAGGCAUCAUCGACAGCAGAGUCACCGAGAGCCGCGAGGUGGUGGCCGUCACCGGUGACGGCACCAACGACGGCCCUGCUCUCAAGAAGGCCGACGUCGGAUUCGCCAUGGGCAUUGCUGGCACUGAUGUGGCCAAGGAGGCGUCUGAUAUCAUUUUGACUGAUGACAACUUCAGCAGCAUCGUCAAGGCGGUCAUGUGGGGAAGAAACGUGUACGACAGCAUUGCAAAAUUUCUGCAGUUCCAGUUGACUGUGAACGUCGUCGCUGUCAUUGUCGCCUUCAUUGGUGCUUGCGCGGUUCAGGAUAGUCCUUUGAAGGCGGUUCAAAUGCUGUGGGUGAACCUGAUCAUGGACACUUUGGCUUCGCUGGCCUUGGCUACCGAGAUGCCAACCCCCGACCUCUUGAUGCGAAAACCGUACGGACGAACCAAGCCAUUGAUUUCCAGAACGAUGAUGAAGAACAUCCUUGGCCAAGCCAUCUACCAACUUGUUGUCAUUUUCACCCUGCUUUUCUUCGGUGACAAAAUACUGGAUCUUGAGUCGGGACGAUCACUGCCGGACGGUGUCCCGGGCGAGCAUUUCACCAUCAUCUUCAACACGUUCGUCAUGAUGACCCUGUUCAAUGAAAUCAACGCCAGGAAAAUUCACGGCCAGAGAAACGUCUUUCAGGGGAUUUUCACAAAUCCCAUCUUCUAUUCCAUUUGGAUCACUACAAUGCUCUCCCAGGUCUUCAUUGUUCAAUUUGGUGGAGUCGCAUUUUCAUGCAAGAGUUUGACCCUGGAACAGUGGCUGUGGUGUCUCUUCUUUGGGGUAGGAACCCUGCUCUGGGGCCAGCUCGUCACAACCAUUCCCACCAGAACGAUACCAAAAAUAUUCUCCUGGGGUCGCGGACAUCCGGAGGAGACAAUAGCAUUGGGCGAUGAGGGACUCGAUUCUGACUCUGAUAAGAAGCCCAGGGCGGGUCAGAUCUUGUGGAUCCGCGGUCUAACCAGACUUCAAACUCAGGUGAUAGGUGGUGAAUUGCAAGAACGGUUGAUUCCGGUGCCGUACAGCAAGAGCUCCACUGAUCAAGCUAUCCGAGUAGUUAAUGCUUUCCGACAAGGUCUAGACGCUCGUUAUUGCGAGAGAAGCAAUCCAUCCCUGGCCGCGGUGCUGCAAAAGCAGUCGUCGCUCAGCAAGAGACUUUCACAGACAUCUUCCAUAGAGUACGCGGACAACGUGCCUGACGAACUCACCAUUCCUGAGAUCGACGUCGAGCGCCUGUCCUCGCACAGCCACACUGAAACCGCUGUCUAAUGUUAUGAAUUGAAAAUUAUACCCCAAAAAAAGAAACACUAUACCGCGACUAUGUAUAAAAAUCACUCGUUUGAGAGCAGUCGAAUGUGGUACAUUACUCUCGCAAUUGUAUGCACAAACGCCCGGGGCGUUCGUUCGGUUCAAUAUAUAAACUAUAGCCUGCAUGAGUUUGGUUGUGUCCGAUUAGAACUAACUGCAAUUGCGGCUCUCAAAAGACGCUCCUCGCUCGAGUGCUCAAAAAUUUCCUCUCCACAAUUUGUUGCCCGUUGCGUGGAAAAUGAUUUUUUUCACAUAUAAUUGAAUAAUAUAUCUGGUCUUCGUCGGGUCGAGUUUUCCCGAAUUGUGAGAUUCGGCGGCCCUUUCUCUCUAUCUCUCUCUGUGAGUGAAAAUUCGAAUUGCAAUUAAAGACGCAUGGACAACUAUAAUAGAUGAAUACAAGACCAAUUCUGCCAUGCUUUUCAAGUCUAUUUUCUACUGCAAUAGUAGAUAUUCUUGGUAAAAAAAUAAACAAUUAUAAUAAUGAAUAAAUGGAACAAAAAACUCUAUUCACACUAAUUCUAUUGUGCAGUAGAGAAACGGCGCAUUUUUCUAUUUUAUCUUAAAUAAUAUAUUUUUCACUACUUGUUUCAACUUUCGAUGGUUUCCUCUGGUGGUUCAACAAGGAAGAGUGAAAGAAACUUCAGGCUAGUGCAUUUUGGCCGGUUUGAAGAGUCGUUAUAGCUGUGAAUUUGCAUAUUCUCCUUGGGCGACCGAUAUUAUGCGAUAUUUACGUGUUUUGAAAUCUAUUUGCAAUACUUGGUCUAGUAACAGGCCUUCCGAUGAGAUUGCGUUUGUGUUCCCAAAUGGCCUUCAAUUGGUGAAAUGAAUUUGAAAGAUGUAAUCAAAAAACAUGAAAGAUCAAUUAAAUUUAAGUAACGAAAUUGGCUUCAAACGUGAACAGUCAGAAAAAUGACGCCGUCCGUUACUACGAGAAUUUGAAAAUUUGGGAGUAAAAAUUCAUUAGAUUUUCCCAGAACUUUUUCGAUUUAAUCAGAAGUGGACUAUGACAAAAUAAAUUAAUUAAAAACUUUCCGUAAACAGAGAGCAAUACUUUCAGCGCUUUUAUUCUAAUUGGUGUAUGUCUCGUGUUUGAUGAAUUAAUAUAAUAAUGCAUUUUUUUUAUUUAUCAUAAAAUUCUAUAUUUAAUUCCCUAUAUCCGAUGAAUGGAUUUAAAGGCUUAUUUAAACUCCAAUGAUGAAGAAUAUAUGAACGGAUGCCUCAAUUGCAAUUCAAGCAAAAGCACUCAUACUAAAUCUAAAAAUUGUACCAAUUGAUACAAAUAUUAGCUAAAUUGUUCAUUAUAAACCUCUUGCGCCAAUUGAUUAACGACAAAAAAAUAUGUAACUUUAUAAGUCGCGAUCUUAGCCUAUUUCUAAUUAACAAUUUUUUUUACAUUUCAUAGUCGUUUCCUAUGUAGAUUCAUAUAUAAUUUUAUAAUAAAUAGCUGCUACUUGAUGAAAAAGUAUGGAAGUCUGCUGAUAAGAAAGGUGCAAAAAAAAAAUAGAUUUCAUUUUUGUAAGAAAUCAAAAUUUUCAAAGAGAGUUCCUUUAAAAAAAUCGUGAGUGUGCUAAAAUUGAAAAUUACAACGAAUAUUUGGCGGGUUCGGAAAAAUUCUAUGUAAUUUAAAUGUGUAUGGAUUUUUUUCGCUGUGCAUGAUUUAUGGUUAAGUAAGUAAAAUGACAAAAAAAAAGCAUUAUUUCCAAUGAAGAUGCAAUAUCUUGUGCUCAAUGAGUGUUGUUUUUACCUUUUACUAAGAAGAAUAGUGCCUUGAACCGAUUGUUUUAAAUAUGAAAUUUCCAUCUGGACGGCGGACUUGGCGAAAAUAAUUUGAGCGAAAGAAAGGGAUGAAAUCAAGUUCGCCGGCCGAGAUGCGAAAUGCCGCGACUUUUCUUUGCAGUUUUGCAUUUGGAUAUUGACGAACGAAAAAUUGAACUUUCCGAACCCAAGUUGCGUCUCGCGGGAACUGCAUUAUUGGACUAACGUUUUAAAAAUAACUAAAAAAUGAAAUCUAUUUUAAUCGCACCUUUCAAGUGGAAUGCGUGUUACCUCUUCUUCUAACAAUUUGAAUAUAUAUCGGUUGCCUAUAGGAGUGUCUGUAUAUCCUUUCUACAAAUAUAAAUUUUGCAAAUUUACAUCAAGUUGUUGCGGAAAAGCAAGUUAACUAUCCAGUCGAAUGGUGGAAUGAAGUGCACAAAAGUGUUGUAAUGUAAAAUUCACAUAAGAAUUCCUCGCUACCACCGCUCACUAACUACUACUCUUGUUGACAAAUUUAUAAAAAAACUCACUUGUAUCGUUUCGUUGUUUCAAAGGUAAACAAAAAAAAUUAACUCUGUGUGCUGCAUUCGAUUGUAGAUAUCAAAGAAACUACUCCUUUUAGCGGAAAAGAAAAGGAAGUCUUUAGAAAGUUAUUAAAAAUAUCCUCAGAAACUCACAAAUGUAAAGAUUAUUGAAAUUUGAGAGCGAAACAUUACGCAGAAAAAUCAUCUCUUGCACGUGCUAUAUUUGAACAAACAACCAUAUUGUUGUAUAUAGUUACGGGAGAGUGCUUUUUCAAGACUCAUAUAGGCGAGUUGACUGUGUAGAGGAAGAAUGAUUAACAAAAGAGUAAUACCCAUCAGCGCAGCAGCAUUUUCAAUUUCCAAAUGCGAUUUGAAUUUGGCCAUGUAUUGCACCUACAAGCACUAUUUCAAUAAAUAAUUAAAAGAAUACGGUAGAUUACGACUUACAAACUAAAUUUACGGCAUUGGCCUGCGCAAGAAAGGCUAAAAUCGAAAAUUUAGCAGGAGACAGAAAAUCAAAUUUCGUAUAAUAAGCAAUUGAUUAGUUUAUUUGUUGGUCACAGGCCGUAAUCUACUGCUUUUGUAUGCAUAUAAUAGUGUGUUUCCAAGAGAAAAGUUAUGAAAUAAAAUUCACACAAACACACUGCUGCAUACUCACAACAUAUGAAAUCUCAUUGUGUGAAUAAGAAAGGCAAAGAAAUCUCACAAACACUUACCCUAUAACAUUUAGCCCUUAAUAAGACAUAUGAAGAAAAAAAAAACACAUAA